AUGUUCGGUACAAAGCCUGCCGGCACAUCAACCGGCCUGUCCAUCAACACCGGUUCUGCCAGUUCUCUAUUUGGCUCUGGAACCAAUACGCAGACUAGCACUACAACAACACCGGCGACUACUACUACCUCCGGUGGGUUAUUCGGUAAUCUUGGGAAUACUGCCACACAGUCAAAGCCAGCCGGUGGCCUAUUUGGAAACGCAGGAGGCGCUACACAGCAAUCUCAGCCUGCCGGUUCGAGUCUGUUUCCGGGGUUAGGCGGCCAGCAGACGAAUACUACUUCAACUGGCGGGGGUCUGUUUGGAAACUCUACUGCCGCAACUUCCCAACCACAGACAGGUGGUCUUUUCUCAGGAGCCACCACCACGACCAACAACACACAGAGCGGGAACACUGGUGGGGGCCUAUUCGGCAAUCUGGGCGGUAACACCGCAAACCAGACGCAAUCAAAGCCACUUUUUGGUGGACUUGGAGGCUCUACGACUACCGGAGGGGGCCUAUUUGGCGGCGCCAACCAAACCAGCGCGCAGCAGCAGCAGCAGCAACCACAGAAGCCUACUCUGUCUUUGUUCGGAAAUCAGAAUACCACAACACAACCAACCACGCAACCGACGGCCGCGGCCGGGACAACGGUCAUCCCUGGGGUCAAGGUCGAUAUCAGCAACAUCCUUCCUACAACGAAAUACGAGAGCUGCGCAGAUGAGAUCAAAUCGGAGUUGGAAAAGUUUGAUAACUUCGUCCUCAACCAGAUCAGGAUAUGCAACGAGGUCGCGAACAUGAUACCCACUAUCGCCGGCCAGGGAGAGACGAUCCCACAUGAUGUUGAAUUUGUCCAAGGAAAACUAGAGACAAUGCAGCACGCACUUGAGAAUGACGCAGGUGACAUUGAUCAGCUUCGUAAUCUUGUGUCUCGCGACGCAGCUGAGGCUCAAGUUGCAUUCCGAGCGAUUGAUACCUUGAAGUUGCCACUGCAGUAUCAAUCUACCGGUGGGGCUGGAUGGUGGUCUCAGGAUCAGAAGAUGUCAGAUGGACAAGCCUUGCGAUCUACGCGCAAGAACACUCUAGCUCUCCCGGACGAUGUUGAAAGCGACCCGUCCACUGCCACAUCCGUGAACGGAGUACCCGUCAACUUGGUUGACUACUUCUCUCAGCGCUCUGACGAGAUGGGAGAGGUCUUGGAACGCUACACACGAAACUUGAAAGAGAUUGAAGACCACCUUCACGGAGUUGAGGCGACUUUGGAACGACAGAUCCACGACUUUGUGACAUCUCGUAGUCGAGACGGAGCAGCCGCUGGAGCCCCGAAGUCCAUCGUCAGCGAGCUUGCCACCGUUCUAGGCGAUGUUGAGGCUGGCAUAUUAGGCGUGGCCAGCCGUCUCGGUGGAGUUACCGAGCAAGUGCAAGAGGUGGUUCUGGGCCCGCCCUCUGUUUCAUGAAUGUCUGGAAGUCUGUGCAUUGAUAUCACAUAGUCUUCAUGUAGAUUACGGAUGGAUUUAGAUUUGAUGAAGCAUACCUAAUCUCGCUACAUGAUGCGAAACUUUACAACUUCGGCUCCUUGCCAGGUUAUCUGAUCCGGCUAUCCGCUAGUGACAAUGACCCCUCGACUACCCUGCCUAUGACCGCGCAGAAAGGCAUCGCUAAACCGGAUAUAAGGCACCUGAUCAUGACCACUGAGUAUACUAUCAUACGCUCCAGAGAGAGCUAGUUCAAAUCGCAUACUUAAGGCUCUAAUGAGUCAUGUUUUAUAGUAUUACUGAAGCAUAG